AAUUGUGGGGAUUUAAGCAGGGGCCUCUGGGGAUGUGUGGAGGGGCAAUGUGAGGCUGCAUGGGCCAUCAGGGUUGCCUAGGGUAUCUGGAAAGGGAAUCGGGGGUGCCGGGCCACAGUGGGGCAGACCGUAUUCUGUCGGUACACCUGGGGGAACUGGGGUCCCUCUCGACAUUGUGGGGGAAGAGUUUGGAAUCUGGGGUUCUGAGGGGGCAGUCGGGGACCUCCAGGGUUAUUCACAGGCGUUCGGAGGUGUCCAGGAAUAUUGCGAGCCAAUGGCUAUCUCCUGGGAUAUCGUGGGGGCCGACGGGGUGCACGGGCCCACGCGCGACUUUCCGGGGUGGCGGGAGAUGAGGGGCACAGUCGGCCACCUCCGGAACUGCCGGGGGAGGGAGUGGUCCGGGGGUCUCCGAAGAUCUUGAGGGGCGGGCAUUCGGCGUCUUCGGGCGUCAGGGAGCUGGGGGUUUGCCGAUGCUGAGAGUGGGCGCUGAUCUGUUCUUCCCACCCGCGCAGGCCGGGGCCCUCGCCAGCCCGCAGGCCCUAGGGCCCGGCAGCUCCUGGCACGGCUGGACUGACGUCCCCUGGCUGCGCGAGCUGCGGCCGACGUGGCGGCGCUGGUACGCAGGACGGGCACCACAUUGCGCCUGCGCUCCAAGGAGGCAAGCAGCGCGCCGACCUCUGAAAAGGAGCAAGAUGGCAGACGCCGGUGAGGGUGUUUUGCGGCAGGCAGGAGUCAACACUGCCCCGAUUUCAUUCAGCUUCAGUCGCACGUCCGCCCUAAGACGGCUGGCCGACCAGGGGGAUGGCGCUGGUGCGGCUCCUGAGGAGAAGUAUUUCUUGAAGACCGUGGAAGGAAGGGAGUUGCAGAGUGUGAAGCCCUCAGAAGCCCCCAAGGAACUCAUCAUACCUUUGAUCCAGAGUGUCCAUCACAGGCUGCAACCGACCCAUGCCCCUGGGUCAUCCACAGAUACUAAGGCCUUGGUGUAUGGUGUGCUGUCCCAGGCUGUGAAGGAGCUCAGUGAGGAAUCCAAGAAGUCUUUGGAGGAGAGAGAGAAUGCAGGUGUCAACCCCACACUCGCUAUCCCCAUGAUCAAGAAAGGAUGCUCCCCCAACAGGGAAGGAGCAGACAGCGAACCCCAGGCUGACACAGUGCCAGAGGAGGCCGAUUAUGAGGCUAUCCCUGUGGAGGCCUACGGGCUGGCCAUGCUGCGGGGCAUGGGCUGGAAACCUGGCGAGGGCAUUGGCUGCACCUUCAAUCAAGUGGUGAAGCCCCGUGUCAACUCACUGAGGCCCAAGGGGUUAGGGCUGGGUGCCAGCCUGACUGAGGUCCAGACUCUGGCCCCCACCAGCCCCCACUACCUGCCGAGGCCAGACGAGGAACAAAAGAAGGACAAGGAAGACCAAUCUCAAGGACUGGUGCCUGGAAGAGCUGUGGUGGUACUUUCUGGCCCUCAUCGAGGCCUCUAUGGGAAGGUGGAAGGCCUUGAUCCUGACAAUGUUCGAGCCAUGGUUCGUCUGGCUGUGGGGAGCCGCGUGGUGACUGUUAGUGAGUACUGCCUGCGGUCUGUCUCCAAGAAAGAGUUUGACAAGAACUCCUUAGACUUCGGCCAGGUGAGCAAAACUUCCCCAGGGCAACAGAAUGGAACAGCUUCAUCAUGCAAGGGCAUCCGUGAUCAGGACCCCCACGUCUGGCGGGAGGACUCAGAGAGGAAGCGGAAACACUUUCUGGACCGACAAGAUGGGCCUGCACCCAAGAGUGAGAAAGCAGCACCCAGGAGUCAGCACUGGCUGCAUAGGGACCUGCGCGUGAGAUUUGUGGACAAGUUGCACAAGGGCGGCCAGUAUUACAACACGAAGAUGACAAUUGAAGAUGUCCUCAGCCCAGAUACCUGUGUGUGUCGGACAGAUGAAGACCAGAUCCUGGAAGGCCUGAGGGAAGACAUGCUGGAGACCCUGGUGCCCAAGGUCAAGGGCAACCGGGUGAUGGUGGUAUUGGGACCACAGGCUGGAAGGGUGGGCCAUUUGCUGGGCCGGGACAGAGAGCGGAGCCAGGCUCUGGUGCAGCUACGGAAAGAGAAUCAGCUGGUAGAGCUUCACUACGAUGCUGUCUGCCAGUACAUGGGCCCCAGUGACUCAGACGAAGACUAACCCAUGGACCCACUUGAGUCCCCCAGGCUGUUACCCAUUCUGUACAGAAAAGCCUACUUUCAGGAAGGCGGGAAGGUGAUUGUUCCAGCCUCCACUUGCAGGGCAGCCCUGAGACAUGGCCAGGGAGCAAGGUGAAUGGACUGGAAGGGAGGCUAGAAACAAACCAAGUAUUUUCCAUAAGUUUGGAUAAUAAAAAACAUAUCAAAUAUUUAGUAAAAUGAA